AUGGGUGGGCAAUGCCCAACCGACGACUCCUGUCAUACCCAUCCGCCUGCUUACACUGCGGGUUCUGUAGGUGUGCCAUGUACGAGACGCACUCAUCACACACAUACACGACCACCCACGACAUGGCAGACACAGACGCACUGUAUCGCCAUGCACGUCACGUGUCGUUCUGCCGGCCCGGGUGAAACAGCCAACGCGCCCCCUUUGAGGGCGGCGGGCGGGCAUGCCACACAGGCGGCAUCCUCGACGGCCUCUCCCAGACACAGACACACACACACGCCUUCUCCCCUUCUUCUUCUUCUCCUCCUCCUCUUCUCCUCAUCUCUGCAUCAUUCGCACGCGCUCGUACAUCCACUCCCACCCCCCCAUCGCCGGCAGACUCCCGCAAAAGCCGGAGCUGCAGCCCUGUGCCCAAGAGCCGCCAUUUUGCAUGCUGGCCGUCGGCCGCACGACCCCCCCCCCAGCCCUUGGCCGCCCCGUGUGAGGUUUAGCUGGCAGCGACCCUGA